UUGAUAUUCACCUAAUUUGGGUCCUUGUUCCAGCCCACAUUCUUUCUACAAAUUAUUCUUCUAAAAUCCUAACCACGUUCAGCCGCAAAACCCUCAAUUCUUACUCGGGCCUCCCCAUCUCUACAGCGAAAUCCUCACAUUUCCGGCAAUCGAACGGAAGUUGGUUGAACCGCGAGGAGACUAUGCCACUUUAUGAUUGUAUGCUUUUACUGAAACCACAUGUAAAGGAGGCGGCUCUGAUGGACCUUGUUGCAAAGGUUGGGAGGCAUGUUUAUAGAAAAAAUGGUGUGCUUACAGAUUUAAAGUCAUUUGGUACUGUUAAUCUGGGUUAUGGCAUUAAGAAACUAGAUGGAAGAUUCUAUCAGGGUAAACUGAUGCAAAUGACACUGAUGACACCACCCAGUUUUAACAAAGAGCUGCAUUACCUGAACAAAGAAGACCGCCUACUUCGAUGGCUUUUGGUUAAGCAUCGUGACAUCAAAUUUGGGUUGGACUUUUUGGGCGAAGAUGAUGCUAAGACUGAGCUAAGCAAGUUCGGGAGCAACAUAUAUGAAAGUGAGGAAGAAGAGGAAGAGGAUGACGAUGAUGAAUAUAAUGUCGACGAAUCUGGGAGGAAGCCAGUCUAGAAAACUGAUGAUUUUUUAUAUAAGCUGAUCAGAUUCAACCAUAACCCCAACCGGAGGAAGAAAAAAGAGGCCACAAGUAAAAACCUAAACCUAUAACUUAAGCUAUGGCUUAAACUAAUAGUAGAACAGUAGAAGUUAAUAAAAUUUCUCGCAGUCGUUUUCUGUCUUUUGAUCUCUACUAUGACUGAAUUUUCGUUGCCACCUUCCAUCACCAAUCACAUGUUUUUUCAUCUUGACCAUAUUUCCUUGACGUUUGAUCUAUAGUGUGUUUUCUUCUGUAAAUAUGAGUAGUCAGUCUUAUAUAUGAUUCUCUCUCUUCCCUCU